CACACACAACAUGCCUUCCCGCGAAGCAACAGCAUACUUUGGCGCCGGUCCCGCUCCUCUGCCCACAGCGGUACUGGAGAAGGCUUCACAAGUCCUCCUCAACUACAACGACUCUGGCAUCGGCAUCACAGAAAUCUCGCACCGUUCCGGCGACGCAGCAAAGAUCCUCGAAGACACAAAGUCGGCAUUGGCUCAAUUGCUCGACAUCCCCACCCAAGAAGGCCCCGAUGGCUACCAGAUCAUUUUCCUGCAGGGCGGAGGUUCCGGCGAAUUCAGUGCUUCGGUCUACCACAUGACUGCCCUCUGGGUCGAGAAGAGAAGACAGCAAAUCGUAAAAGAGCUUAGAGAGGACAAUGAGUCAAAGGUCUUUGAGGCUUUAAGGAAGGCUGUCGAUGAAGAGUUCAAGCUGGACUACCUGGUCACUGGUAGCUGGUCCUUGAAGGCCAGUCAAGAAGCCGCCAGACUCGUCGGUGCAAACCACGUCAACGUCGCUGUCGACAGUCGCAAGGAGAACAAUGGCAAAUUUGGCACCAUCCCCACCGAGUCCUCUUGGUCAUUGACCCCCAACCCGGCCCACAGCGCCAUGGUCUACUUCUGCGACAACGAGACGGUCGACGGCGUUGAGUUCCCUGCUUUCCCCAACAUCGACUCGGACAAGUACCAAGUCAUUGCCGACAUGUCGUCCAACUUCCUCAGCCGCAAGGUCGACGUCAAGCGAUACUCUGCCAUCUUCGGCGGUGCACAGAAGAACGUCGGCACAACAGGAAUCACCAUUGCCAUUAUCAAGAACUCUCUCCUCACUCAACUCGCAAAACCCGAUCUCCUCCGCAAACUGAACUUGCCCGUUGGUCCCGUAGUCCUCGACUGGCCCACGAUUGCAAAGAACAACUCCCUUUACAACACGCUUCCCAUCUUCGACGUGUGGAUCGCUGGCCAGGUGAUGCAAUCUCUGAUCUCCAAGGCUUCAACUUCUGGAGCCAAGAUCGCGACGCAGCAAAGCGAGUCAGAGCACAAGGCUUCAUUACUGUACGGUAUCCUUGACAAGUACCCAGUAUUCCAGGUAGUGCCGGACAAGUCUGUUCGCAGCAAGAUGAAUAUCUGCUUCCGAAUUGGCAGCGAGAAUGACAGAGACGACAAGGAGAAGAAGUUCCUGGCUGGAGCGAAUGAGAGGCUGCUGCUUGGUUGCAAGGGUCACCGCAGUGUGGGUGGGUGCAGAAUCAGCAACUACAACGCCGUCAGCGUGGAAAAGGUCGAGAAGCUUGCAAAUUUGCACGUGAUUCUGGGGCACACGGCGAAGCUCGACCAGGACACGAGCGACGAUGUUGGGCGAGGCAUCAUGUCAACAAUACUAUGGCCGCCCUUGCCAGAUGGUUCGGCGCAGAGUCUCGCUCGACAAGCAGACGGAACGCGACAGCGUGAGCUGUCGUGGCUGCUCGACGCGUUCCAGGAAACCCUGUCGAGCUUGAAAUCCGGUCUCGAAGACUGCAGCGCGCUACUGGCACCACGAGAUCAAGGCAGCACCCUGGUCGUCUCUUCACACCGAACCGAGGCCGUCAAAGGCUUCAUCACCCGAAAUGGCUCCAACAUCACCAAAGGCGACGUCCAGCUGCGUCUCGCAUCGUUACCGCCUCCUCGCGGCCAGACCAGCUACAAGCUCUCCAUCUCCACCUCGCCUUCUGCUCCUGCUCUGAGACUGAAACAAAUCGCCGAAGUCAGGACUCUGAUCAACUCAAGCUUGGAUGUCGUUGAUGCUACUACAUGGACUGGCGACAAGCGCGACGCCAAUUUCAUCUCGGGCCAGUUGACUUUGCUGCACGAGAACAUCCGCGACGCCAAAGCUGCCCUCAAAGCAGAUCCUGCUGCCUCGGAAGCUGACAAGACUUGGGCAUCCGACCCCCUCGACGAUAAAAUAUUUGACCCUCCUCCUCCGCCGAAUCUCUCCUUCCAUCUCAGCAUUUCAGACGCUGCCCUGCUUCUCCACAUCCGCACCCUCGAACCCGCCUCCAGCACUGGAUCUUCAACACCACUGGCUGGUAGUGGCCCCUCAUUCACUGGCUUCGGUCUCCGCGACAGACUUGCACAUGCACUAGGUGCCGGUCCGCGACCUCCUGCCCACGACGAGGCCGAAGACGUCUUUACAUACCGCGGCGCCCAAGUCAGAGUCAAAGAGAAGGUCAGGGUUGAAAGUCAGGAUCCAAGCUUGAUCAGCGCCAUGGCAAAGUUGGCCGCAUUAGAACAUACCGUCGAGCUAGGAAGGAGGGCUCUGGACGUUGUCAUGACCAAAACAAACGACCGAGACAACUACGAGUCCAGCUCGUUCACUAUGGCCAACCUCUAUGCCGAGUACCUGCCCAAUAUCAAAACUCUCACCGUCACUACGGUACUGGACACGCCUAUGAAUGACACCACUGCCCUAUCUCUGUCGAGCGACCGCACACAAAUUAUCCUCGAGCACAACAAUCGCACUGAGCGCAUCACGCUACCAGCGAGAAUAUCCGCUCAAGGACUACAGAAGCUGCAGCUUCCAGGCACAGGCGAAUUGCAAUGCGCAAAUCGUAUACCAGCCGAAUCUUUCUUUGCCGAAGAAGAAGCUGUUGCUCUGUGGUCCGCGAACUCCCUCGAUUCAAAACGAAAGUGCAUUGCAAACACUGCAAUGCCCUUCGACAAAGUUCGUGACUGGAAGAACCUGCCGUCCGAGGCUUGGGCCGAGAUGAUGGACCUAUGGCAUUGCCACAAACCUGACGAGCCGGAUCAUGGUCACGACAACGCACCAGCCAAAAAAGGUUACGCUGCUGGUAACAAGCUAAGAGCUCAAGCCGGUGUUGGUCUUGUGGAUGUCAUGAGUUUCCUUCUCUCCGAAGAUGAUUGCACUGUCGAGUGCCGGUCACUCGAGAACAACGACAGCAUCUACCAAGCUCAUUGCAAGGACUGCGAUACGAUUCUGGGUUAUCGCGAUCCCCAGACGGAAGGUAUUCGCCUGCAGAAGCCAUACCUUGCCCUCUCAUCUCAGCGUGAUAGCACCACGCGUUCUUACGACGCAGCACAUUGGUUCUCCUGCUACCUCAAUCAAGCAAUAGAAACUCAAGGCGUGCGCAAAUUCGUCUUCCCAACUCUUCCUCACGAGAUCUGGGUAUUCUCUACGAACCUGGCCUACUCGUCGCUUGAGUGCUCAGAACCCAAGCAAGCCAUGAAGGUCUUGUUCAAGGCAAGAGAAGAGGGUCAAGAUGUCGAGACACUUCGAGCGGGCAACUUGUUAAUAGAGACCCUGACCUUGUCACCAUCUUUGGAGGAGUUGUUUUAUCAGGUUUUGCAGCAGGAAAACUCGAAGCUACCGGAAACUUUACAGAGUUUGAUGGGAUGGCAGGUCGCGGUCUUGCCCGUCUUGUACAGCUCUGACAGCACUAAAGUA